AUGGGCACCUGGGCCUUCCCCGCAGCCCUUUUCCUGCUCUGCCUGACUUCUGAAAGCCUGCAAGGCGGGCUACCUCCAUUGUCUCCGGGCCUAGGGAAAGGCUUAGGGAGCCCCAAUGGCUACAGAUCAGGCUACGGUCCCCCCAGUGGCCUGGGAGCAGGAUUUGGGAACGGGAAUGGCCUGGGAGCCCAGCCAGGCAUUGGAGGGGGUGUGAAACCCCAGAAGCCAGCAUAUGGAAAUGGACUGGUUGCUGGUGCCUUCCUGGGGCUCGGAGCCCAGCCAGGGUUCGGCACUGGGAAUGGGAUGGGAGUUGGAGCCCAGCCAGGGUUCGGGAAUGGGAAUGGGCUGGGAGGCGGUGCCUUCCCAGGAGCAGGAGCACAACCAGGCCCUGCAACUCAAAACGGCUAUGGACCAGGCUUUGGAGGGGGUGUGAAGCCCCAGAAGCCAGGAUUCAGGAACGGCAACGGGCUGGGAGGCCAGCCAGGCCCUGCAGUUCCCAUCAGCUAUGGACCAGGCGCUGGUGAGGGCGGGAAGCAGCAGAAGCCAGUUUACAGGAACGGGCUGGGAGCCAGAGUCUUCCCAGGCCUGGGAAGGGGCGUGAGCCUUCUGAAGCCAGGAUACGCUCCAGAGCCCGGCCUGCAGCUUCCAGCAGGAUACCAGUCCCCGAAUGGCUAUGGAGCAGGAAGAGAACUGGGCUUUGGCGGUGGCCUCAAGCCUCAGAAAGUCGGGUUUGGUUACGGGAAUGGUCUGGGAGCUGGGGUCUUCCCCGAGGCGCACCCGCAGCCAGGGUUCCCCACAGCCAAUGGCUUUAGGAAUGGGUAUGGGGAAGAAGCACCAGUGUACCCCAAAGCAGCAGCUCCAGGCCCUGAAGGAAAUGGUCAGGCCGGGGCCCUCGGGGGCUCUUCUUGGCCCUCCAUCCAGCCCUGGGCACUUGCCCUGAAGCCUGGAUAUGGCGCAUACCCAGAGGUCAGGAGCCAGCCAGGAGCAUACGGACAGCUGAGGCCAGGGCUAGGCCCUGGACCCUUCGGCAGCCCCGAGGUGAAGAGAGGUGGCAGUGGCCCGCUGGGAAAUGGCUAUGAAGGCCACUGUUCCCUUGGAAAAUGCUGAGCACCGAGGCCCUUCCACCGCCCAUCCUGAGCGCCUCAGAACCACAGCCCGGUGUGGGUGAGGACGACCAGACGCUGGGGCUCGGCUUCUGGCCCGGGGUCUCCCGCGGGCUGAAAGUAUCAAUAAA